CCUCCGGCUCACUUUCACUCACCGCUUGCCUUCCCUGAAGCUCCAACAUGUGCACAGGAAAGUGUGCUCGCUGUGUAGGGCUUUCCCUCAUCCCCCUCUCCUUGAUCUGCAUCGUGGCCAACGCCCUCCUGCUGGUGCCUGAUGGGAAGACCACCUGGACCAACAACCAUCUCAGCUUGCAAGUCUGGCUUAUGGGUGGCUUCAUUGGUGGGGGCCUGAUGGUGCUGUGCCCAGGAAUUUCAGCUGUUCGGGCAGGAGGCAAAGGCUGUUGUGGGGCAGGCUGCUGCGGAAAUCGCUGCAGGAUGCUGCGCUCCAUCUUCUGCUCGGCCUUUGGGAUGCUCGGUGCCAUCUAUUGCCUCUCCGUGUCGGGAACCGGGCUUCGAAUUGGACCCAAAUGCUUAAUAAACAACAAGUGGGACUACCAUUUUGAAGAAACCUCAGGCGCGUACUUGCAUAACGACACCCUGUGGAACAUGUGCGAGGAGCCGCCUCACGUGGUCCCCUGGAAUGUCACGCUCUUCUCGCUGCUGGUGGUGGCCUCGAGCCUGGAGAUAGUGCUGUGCGGAAUACAGCUGGUGAACGCGAGCCUGGGUGUCUUGUGUGGCGAUUGCAGGAAAAAGCAGGACGCCUGAGGACCUGUCCACUCCCUGGCUCCCUACAGUGAACUGCUUCUUGUGUUGCUGUUUUCUCUUUUCCUUGUGGAAUAAACUGCCCUCGGAGGCCUUUCCCAUUUUAGAUUAUGCCCUAUGGAAUGAGGCUUGUGAUCCUGUUUGGAGCAUCUGCCCCCUCCCUUGUUAUUUUCUUAACAAAUAAUUAUAUUUAGUUACUAUUGAACUGUUAAUAGUUAAUGUUGAACUAUUAA